AUGGCCCCAGCCUCAGAAUGUGAUUUGGUGAGUUCAUACCUUCAAAGUCUUGUCAAAUACGUAUCCUGUGAAAUUUUCCAAGCUCAAUUUAAGUCAUUUCCAGGAAACUAUAAGCCUCCUUUAAGUGGAAUUUAAAAAAUAGGUCGCAAGUGGAAUGGCUCAAAACGUCUCGAAGACGUUUAUCAGUUUUUGAAGCUUUCAAAAAAGUAAGAGCGCAAGUCGUUUCAAGUCGGGAGCUUCUUGAAGCAACCGAAGACAUUCUCCAUGCGACCACUUGUAUUAAAAAUAAUUAUUGAAGUGAACAUCUAUCCAAAAUGUCCAUUGCAUAAAUAACUGAGCUUUAAGGAAGCCGCGACAAUAUUUUUCGCUCCCUAUCGAAUCGUCUACCUUGUGAACGCCCUGCUGUCGGCGACGUCGUUGUUCACGAUUUUUCAUUUCGUCAGGAAUUAUCUUUUUGCCUCUCCAUUUCAUCCAAAUUUUCGGGUUAGUCUAAUUUUUUCAAAUCGAGUUCUCUGAGAAAAUCGAUCAAAUCCAAAAAGGCUUGGUACAAAAAUUUUACAUUUAUUCCUGAGAGCUCUCCUCACUGUCACUGACACUAUACAGCCUUCUAAAUAAUUCGCCCCAGCCUUUGAUGAGCUCCGCCCAUUUUCAGGCAUACUGUGGAAAAAAUACCGUAAAAAGCCAACUUUUUUCAGUUAUUCUCUAAUGAACAUGUUCUCUGCAUUAAAAUUAGUUUGAAACGAUUUGCUUCACUAGGAAAAAAUUUGGCUUUUUACGGUAUUUUUUCCACAGUACGCUUGAAAAUGGGCGGAGCUUAUCAAAGCUUGGUGCGAAUUAUUCAGAAGACCGUAUAGUAUCAGUGCCAGUAGGUAGAGCUCUGAGAAAUUGUUGUACCAAGCCUUUUUUGCAAACCUCGGAGAACGAGUGUUGAAAACAAAAACAUAUUUUAUAAAUUCCAGAUUUUUCUUCUCGGCUACUUCCUGUCAGCUUUCGUCCAUUCCUGCAUAUUUCUAUUGAAUGAGGUCAGUGACUUUUGAAUAAAAAUCCAUAGAAAAGCUGAAUUUUCAGGCCUUAUCCCUGUCCCGUCUACUAUCCUAUUCCGAACCAUGUGACGCUCUGAUUCCAGCUUUUCCCUAUGCAAUGAUCCAUAUUCCACUUGUUUGUUGUCUCAUUUCGGGCAUUAUCGGACAGGUUUGAGUAUUUUCCUUCAUGUUUUUAUCCGUUUUUAUAUAUUUAUUGUAAUUUUUCGUAUACAUCCUCGCAAAAAAGUAUUCUCAACAAAAAAAAAAUGACCUUCAUCGCACGUGGAAUGGCUCAAAGCGUUACAGACGCUUCUUACGCCCGACCUAAAACGACUUGCGCGCGGUUUUAGCGAAAACCGUGAUAAGAAAGUAACGAUGUUUUAGCCAUUCCAAGUGCGACCAAGGCGUUUGUAGUGAUAAUGAAUACUUAUUGAUAUAAUUUAGGCUCUACUGGUAGCCGAACGAUUGGCGGCAACGGUCAUGGUGAAGACCUACGAGAAUACGAGUCCAAGGAUCAGUUUGGCAGUUUAUCUGAUCAUUGUGAGUUGAAAUUUGAAGAAAGGUCAUUUUACUUUGUGGUUGGGAAUUUCCUGAAAAUCGUACAAAACACUCCUUGAAGUACCAAAAAAGGGUUCUGAAAGUCUCAACCUGCAUAACUUCCUAGUUUUUGAGAAAUUAGGUCAAAAUCAGCCAAAAAGGCCAUUUUUGGAGCUGUCAGCCCUUAUUUCUUGAUAACUAGGAUGUUGUGCAGGUUGAGACUUUCAGAACCUUAAGAGAUGCUCUGAAAAGUUUUCAGAGAAUUCCCAACCGUAAAGUAAAAUGAUCUACCUUGUAAGGUAAACAUUCCCUGGACUUCUAAAAUUCAUCGAAUCUCAUUUCCUGGUAUAGUCUGUGUCCCACGACUUGAAAUUUCACGGAACGACAUUCCGCUGUGCCGCUGUGCGCCUUUGGGAACCUUGGUCGCGCUUUUAAUUUUUUUUCUUUUAUCAAGGUACUUUACUUUCAUGGGGUCCCACAGCAAUAACAAUCAUUUAAAAGCGCGACCGAAAGACGCUUCGCGAACGCACGCAGCGGAACAGCGGAAUGUCGUUCCGUGAAAUUGCAAGUCGUGGCACACAGACUAUACCUUUUCAAGAAAAAUAUUUGCUUAAACUUUCAAACGUUCCUCCGAAAGUUCCCCACAGUUUUUUCUAUCAGUAAUGCUCAAUCUCAACUUAUAAGGUCACGAGAAACUGACAAAUUUCCAAUGUUCCAGGGUGUUCUACUACCAAUCCUGCUUGUCUACUGGGCCUAUGCUGAUGGAGACUUUAGCCAUGCUGCAAUUACGGCUCUGACUCCUCCAAGAGGAACAGAAAUCAAGGCAAGUAGCAGUCCUUUCUCAAAUAAAUAUAAGAACAUCACUUUCUUUCAAAAAUAUAAGGAAAAUCUCAAUAAAAAGAUAGAUUCUAGCUUGAUUCUUUCCAGGUGAACAUCAUCUACCUGUCAUCAUUCGCCGUGGCUUGUGGCGCUCUGGUCGUUUUACGCUUUUUGGCGAUUAUCAACAAGAGACAAGAGCAUACGUUAGUUUCUCAAUUGAGCUUUAAAAAAAGAGAAACUUUAAAAAAAAGCUCUUGUACAUUUCUUGUACACGUUUCUAGUGACCACUUUAGUGGCGUCAGAAGUCUUAAGUGAUCCCUAGAGCUGCCAGAAACGUCCGGAGCACCUCCUUUUUCGUUACCAAUGUCUGAGCUUCAUUAAGAAUGUGCACAAAAUUUACCAAGGAACUCUUACUUUUGGGAAUAAUUUCUCUCCUCACUUAUUUUCUCAAGCUUUUUUCCAAUUUUUUCUGUCCAAAUUAUUCUUCUUCUUCCUACGCCUUUGUACCGCUUGAGCGACGCCCCAAGUCGAUUAGCCGAGGUCCUAUCCUGAUAUUGAUAAUCAGUGGACUGGCUCUAGUGACAUAUCCGUGUUUGAAGUCGUGGUUUCCCACUACCAACAUCUCUUAAGCCACUUGGUUGGUUCGAAGGGAGGGGGGAUCGAACUUGUGACUCUGUGAACCGUAGACAGGCACACAACCUGUUGCGCUACGGCGCGCCGUUUUUUCUGCCUAACCAAAAAAUUUCCAGAAUGGCCUUCUCGCUGUCGUCUCGCUACCAAACAUCGGAAAAUAUUGCUACAACUCGGUUCAUCACAGUUAUUCUGUGUCAUUCACUGACGAUAUGCCUGAUUUACACGGCCGCCAACGUUGUUUUGCGAAACUUCCGAUUUGACUUUUUGGAUCGGGAUCAACGAUAUUUGAGUGCUUUGAAAUCGGUCUUCUAUGUGAGUUUCCUUCAGUUUUCAAAGGUUCCGAGACUUUCAAAAAUUACUAGAGUUCGCUAAAAAUCAUUGAUUUUUCUUAACCUUUAUACUCUCAACUGGAAGACUUCAAAACUCAGAAAUAAAAUGUCUAUUUAUUCAAGGGAGCAGUACCAAAAAUUCAAAUGCCUCCUUGAGGAAGCCGGUUUAAAGUCGGGUGCAACUAAAAGCAAUGAAAAAAUAGGGGCUAAGAUAUUCGUUUUCAUGUCUGAAUUGAAAGCUCAUGACCGCACUUGGAAUGGCCAGGCUGCAAAACGGUUAAUUAAUAACGCAGCCGACCCAAAACUACUUGCGCGCGGAGGCAUCGAAAAUCAUUAUCUGAAUCGGCAGCUCCUCAAAUGCGAGCUGAAGAACAAAAAAGUCAUUUUUCCUGUUCCAGCUUCAUCCCUGGUUCGCAUUUUCGUUGCCGAUCGUCGCGAGUUGGCAACUGGCCAAGUUGAGAGAGAAGCGGACGGAAAGGACGCGUCAAAUGGUCGCCGUCAGGGCGAAAGGCCGCGAAGGCUCCGACGCCUACACUCAGAUGCUCCAGCAGCAGUGGAGUAGAUAG